UUUUCCUCCUUUCAGUAUGUCAAUGAAGUUGUUAUUGGCGCUCCCUACUGUGUCACCGAAGAUCUCUUGGAUCAUUUCAAAGUUGAUGUGGUGUGUCACGGCCAGACUCCCAUUGCUCUGGAGGAUGGUAAAAUCGAUCCCUAUGCCAUACCAAAGACACGAGGCAUUUUCUGCCUAAUCGACUCGAAGAACACAAUGACCACGGAGCGUAUUGUGGAACGUAUCAUUUCACAUCGUUUGGAAUACGAGAGACGCAACAAGGCCAAAGAGAAGAAGGAAGUUGAGGCCUUUGAGGCGCUGCAACGUUCCAAGCUGACACAAAAGGCUGGCUAAUAAUCUAGAUGAUGAUGAC